AUGUUGUUGCAGAAUUAUGAUUGUCCCCACUCCCCACCAUUGGCGACUGCACCACCGAUAAUUCCACCUGCCACUCCUCCUGCAAAUCCUCCGGCCGCUCCUCCUCCCUUUUUGCCUCCUCCCUUUCCCCCUUCUCCAAAUCCACCUCCUCGCUUUCCUCAUCCUCCUCCUCCAAAUCCUCCUCCUCCAAAUCCACCUCCUCUUCCUCCCCCCCCUCCAAAUCCACCUCCUUUUCUUAUAGUAACAGACAGUUCAUGCUUAUGUUCAUUUUUACUUGCUACAAUCACAUUUUUGUUGUUCAAACUUUUGGAGACUUCAAUGUUACCAUUUCCAUAUGAAUUUCCUAUCAUCAACAUAUGA